CAGUCAUGAACACGUGAGAAUCUGACAUGGCUUUUAUUUUUCUGGUUCUUACAGAGUUAAACUAGCACAUGCACUGACUGGCUGUUGCUCUGAAAGCUAGUUUCCCCUCCCUGUGUAGUUGCAAUAUUGAUGUGUUUGAGACAGAGAGAGAGAGAAUUGGUUUCUCUCAGCAGUAGCAGCAACAUUGCUAUUAUCACAGUCCUGGAACAGCAGUUAAUCGCACUACAGACUGCAGGCCAGUACUGCAGAUUAUUCUAGGCACAACAAGAUCAACGUUUUUAUUUCUAACUUGCUUUGUGGCAGUGGCUUGGGUUGUGUCAUAAGGGCCUGUCUCUGCUCUGGCAUUCUGCAUUCAGGAGAGAGGGCAGGUAAUGGAAUAUCAAGAAACCGCUAUGAGGGCCAUGCUAUCCAGUUUGCUCACAUGGUUUAUGUGCUUCAUUCAGCAUUAAGUAGGAAAAUCAGAUCUAGGACUGCUGAAGACAUAAAAGACAUGGGGUGGCAGUUACUCCAGCAAGUAUUUCUACAAGAAAGGACCACACACAGAAUAAUUAUUGGGUCUCUUUUUGAAGCAUAAUUCUUUCUCUACAGAUAACCUGUCUUCUCAGAAAUAACUGCCUUAUAGGAUGUUGAAGGAAUGUAUGCACGCAAGAUCACUUAUGGAUGUUCAUGCAGUUCUCUUUUCAUUGACAAUAAAAGCAGUUUCCUAAACUCAGUAAUUUUGCAAGAUGAUGAGUGAGCAGAAUUAGAUUGUCUGUUCCCCUGAUCUGUUUUCAUAAACGUAUGUAACUACAACCGAAGGUAAAGAAAUAAGGUAACAAAAAAGAAAAUUAAAAAAAAAAAAGAUAUAUAUAUAUAUAUAUAUAUAUAGACAACUUGGUCUUUGUUGCUGAGGAUUUGCAAAUCUUACGGUGGGUUGAGGAGAUUGUUUUGUAAAGCACAAAAGUUUGGAGCUAUCUUGCCUUCAGGAUGACAUCGCAUGUGAAACUACGCAAAGAAAGGGGUUCCCUUGCCGAGUAUGAAAAUCAAGUGAAAGAACUUCGAACCCAGCUAGCAGAACAGCUCAAAUGUCUCGAUAUCCAAGUGGAGAUCCGAUUACAACUUCUUGCAGAUCUUUCAGAUUAUCUGCGAAGGAAGGCAGAGCUUGAACUAGAUUAUUCUCGUGGGCUAGAAAAGCUUACAGAGAGGUUUUCAUCCAAGAUCCGAAACUCGAAGGAACAUCAAAACUUCAGGGUCUGCAAUUAA